AUGGUUACUGAUAAUGCAGCAAAUUAUGUAGCAGCAGGAAGGUUAUUAGAACAAGAAUUUCCAACACUUUAUUGGUCUCCUUGUGCAGCUCAUUGCAUAAAUUUGAUGUUGCAAGAUAUUGGAAAGUUGGAUGAAGUAUGCAAUAUUGUUGAUCAUGCUUCUAAAAUCACAAAAUACAUAUACAAUCAUUGUUUUGCUUUGCAUUUAAUGAGAAAGCAUACAAAUGGGAAAGAAAUACUUCGUCCUGCACCAACUCGUUUUGCAACCAACUUUAUUGCCUUACAAAGUAUUUUGUCACAAAAAGAUGCUAUUCAAGCUAUGGUGACAUCAAAAGAGUGGACUACAUCUGCAUAUGCCAAGGAAAGAGCUGGAAAAAAAUUUGUUGAUCAUGUUUUGGAUUCUAGCUUUUGGAAAGAAUGUGUUGUGAUUGUCAAAGUCACUGAGCCUCUUGUGCGUGUUUUACGCAUUGUUGAUGGUGAUGAUAGACCUGCUAUGGGUUUCAUAUACGAGGCUAUUAACAAAGCUAGAGAAGAAAUGCGUAAGAGAUUUCAAAGGAGGAAGAAAAGGGUUGAGCCUUAUUUAAAGAUUGUUGAUUCUCGAUGGGAUAGGCAAUUGCACAAAAAUCUUCAUGCUGCUGGUUAUUGGUUGAAUCCAAGAUUCCAGUACAACAACCAAGAGAUGGAAAACCACAAGCAUACUAUAUCUGGACUUUUAGAUGUCAUUGAAAGGUAUUCUAAUGAAAAUUCUGAUUUGAGAUCUAAGUUGACAAGUGAGAUGAAGUUUUUUAGAACAGCUCAGGGAGACUUUGGACGAAGGUCAGCCAUAUCCGAUCGUAAUUUGAUGGCACCAGAUGAGUGGUGGUUAUGUUAUGGGACUUCUACACCAAACUUACAAAAAUUAGCAAUUCGUGUUUUAAGUCAAACUUGCAGUUCUUCAGGUUGUGAGCGAAAUUGGAGCAUAUUUGAGCAUAUCCACUCAAAGAAAAGGAAUAGAUUAGAACAUCAAAGGUUGAAUGAUCUUGUAUAUGUGCAUUAUAAUUUGCAACUUCAACAAAGGAAUCAUUUGAAAGGUCGCAAUUUUGAUCCUCUUAAUUUUGAAGACUUUGAUGAAAUUGGAGAUUGGGUGCUUGAAGAAGAGCCUAACAUUUUAUCAAGCUCUGAAUUAGAGGAUUUCACUCAACAUCUUGCUUCUUGUGAUAUUAACAUUCAAGAUAAUGAUGAUUUGAAUAUGGAUGCAAUUUUUAAUGAAGAUGAUGAUGAUGACGAUGAUGAGAAUCAUGAGACAAAUGGCAUUGAAGCAAAUCUUGGAACCAAUUCUAUUUCUCCUUUUCCUUGGCCACCGAUGGAUUGA